AUGUCGUACAACCCACGGUUCCUAACCAACCCGACCUACAUGCGCCAGAGCUCAUUCGAUGAUCACUCGUCCGCGUCGUCGCCAUCGUCUUCUCGGCAUGCGUCACCCCUCGUGCCACCACCGCUCGCGCCACCUCCUAGCGAAGCUUCGCACGCGCAACCGAAUCGUGGCGGGCGAGGUGCACCAUCACAAUGGGGGGCAGCAAGGGACGACGGCGAUUGGGGCGAUGAGCGCAUGCGAAGGCGGCAGACCGUUCGAGGCGUGAUCCCAGGCACAGUGCGCGAAGCGGGUAUUGACCCGCGCGCUUCGUUUGUUCCCAAUCGCACCAUGAUGCGAGGCAAGACGUUGACACGACCCGAACGCUUCGUCGCACCCGCACCCUUGAUCAAUCCGAAUCCAACAAACACGGGUGGCAAAGUCCAAACCGCGCUCAUCGACGGCGUGCCGACGCUCAAGACCGAGGAGGCGUGGUACAGUCCCUGGCGGCUCUUUGUCGAGAUCUCGACGAUUUGGGCACCGCGCUGGCUCCUGUCGGCAUGCGGCCUCACGGAUCGCGCCAAGCAACGAGCAUGGAAGGAGAAGUGUGCACUGUGCGAGAUCUCGUUGCUCAUGAUGGGCGCCAUCGGGUUUCUCACGCUCGGCCUCACGCGAACCCUGUGCCCGAGCAACGCCGUUUCCCAGUUCCAACGACUGGGAGAGGCGCCUGGUGAGUGGCUGCGAUCUGCAUACGAGCAGUGCAGAGUCGAGGGAACUACGAACAUCUCAGCUGAAGCAGCUCUGCUUGUUGUCCUGUGUUCGCUUUUCUUUCCCAGGCUCCGUCGGUAUCGCUGGUCGCAGCUACAAAGUGUCGGGGACGGCGCCCGCUACAAUCUCGACCGCGGCCAACACGCUCGGCGGGUCAGAUGUGACAGAUCUAUUUGACCGCAGCGCGAUUCGGAUACCAGCUUGCAACGGCCUCACGGCCGCCUACGCAACCACGAACCUGUGCAGCAGUUCGGCUAGCAAUACGUCGUGCACCUUGGGAGCGUUCACCGAAGCUCUGGCGACCGAGCUCGGGCUCACGAAGACGGACCUGUUCGUCGGCUACGAUUGGAACCAGUUGGAAAAGCUCGAGAACUACCUCGUCCUCGACGGAAGUGUGCUCAACCUCAAUCCUUACAUGCUUGCUCACCCGAACCCGAUUGCGAACGACACCGUCGACACCGCGAUCCGCUUUGUGCUCAAAAAGAUGAACGGUAGCGGUGGCAAGGAUGCGACGCGAAUCUUUUACAACCUCAACGAGCUCCGCAAGUCGAGCAAGUGCCUUCAAGAGCGCUAUUACGCCGGACAUAUCGACAAGGUCACGCCGGGGUGCUUUGUCUCGGACCUCGUGUUGUACACCUCAUUAUGCUUGAUCAUGACCAUCAUCUUGACUCGCUUCUUGAUGGCCUGCAUUUUCCACUGGUGGUUGUCGGCCAAGCUCGUGCGACCGCCCAAGAACCUCAAACGCCACGCGAUUUCGCCCGCCGUCAUGCCCGAGGGCGCCAACAUCGACAUCGACAACAAGACAGGAGCGGCACCUUGGACGCAGACCGAGAUGCAGCGCCGCGAGACGCAACGACUGAAAAAAAGGGACCGAAGCGGGGCCCGCGGUGGCCGCAGCGCUGGAGACUCGUCUUCCGAGAAGGACAACCCGUUCCUCGAGAAGCCGGUGCCUACGAGUGGUCGUGGCCGUACCGCCUCGCUCAACUCGACUUCUCGCAAGAUCACCAAGGCUGCGCCGGCUGUGCGAGCGGAUGGAAUGAUCAACCUCGCGUCGAUCGGGGCCGAGCUCUUUGUCGCCUGCCUCGUCACCUGCUACUCCGAAGGCGCAGCCGGCAUCAAGUCGACGCUCGAUUCGAUCGCUGGAACGACCUACUCGGAUGCUCGAAAGUUGCUCUUUGUCGUGUGCGACGGCAUGAUCACCGGCCACGGCGAGAAACAAUCGACCCCCGACAUCUGCGUUGGGUUGCUCGAAGCCGACCCUCGCUUUGGAGAACCUCAAGCGAUGAGCUACAUCGCCAUCGGUGACGGGUCUAAGGCGCACAAUCACGCCCUCGUCUACGCCGGCCACUACACCAGCGUCCGGGGCCACCGCACGCCGACGAUCAUCGUAGUCAAGUGCGGCACCCCGGACGAGGCGAACGACAAGAAACCGGGCAACCGAGGCAAGCGCGACUCGCAAAUGGUCUUGAUGAAUUUCUUCUCUCGUGUUACGUACAACGAUCGCAUGACGCCGCUCGAUUUUGACUUGUUCCGCAAAGUGCAGUCGCUGAUGGGCGUCACGCCCGACUUUUUCGAGACGGUACUUAUGGUCGACGCCGACACUAAGGUGUACCCCGACUCGCUGUCCAUGCUCGUGCGCACGAUGCAGAACGACUCCAUGAUCAUGGGCGUGUGCGGGGAGACCCGUGUGGCCAACAAGAGGCAAUCUUGGGUCACGAUGAUCCAAGUCUUUGAGUGAGUGGGGCCGCUCACUUCCCCCCGUUCUUGACCUUUCCGGCGAUCCGCUGACACCGCUGACGCCGCUGCCCUCUACUGCUCUUCAUACAGAUACUACAUCAGUCAUCACUUGUCCAAGUCGUUUGAAUCCGUCUUUGGUGGUGUCACCUGUCUGCCCGGCUGCUUCUCCAUGUACCGACUCAAGGCGCGCAAGGAAGACGAAGGGGACUGGUUCCCCGUGCUUGUCCAGCCGCAGAUCGUCUCGCAGUACUCGCAGUCGGUCGUCACGACGCUACACCAGAAGAAUUUGUUGCUGCUCGGUGAAGAUCGUUUCCUCACGACCUUGUUGCUGCGCACGUUCCCGAAUCGCAAAAUGAUGUUCUGCCCCCAGGCGCGCUGCCGAACGGUUGCACCCGACACGUUUUCGGUCUUGCUCUCCCAACGUCGUCGAUGGAUCAACUCUACAAUUCACAACUUGAUGGAGCUGGUCCGCGUGCCCAACCUGUGCGGAACGUUCUGCUUCUCGAUGCAGUUCAUGGUGUUGGUCGAUCUGAUCGGAACGGUCGUGCUGCCGAUCGCUAUUUGUCUUACUUAUACUCUCAUCAUCACUUACGUGAGUAAUCUGGAGCAUUGAGUCGCCCCCCCUCCCACUGAGAGUGCCGGACCUGACUCUUCGUGUGUGUUUCCACAAUGUCGCACAGAUCUUCCACCCUCCUAGCUCGUUCUCGGAUGCAAUCCCCCUUCUCCUGCUCGGAGCCGUGCUGGGUCUUCCCGCCGUUCUCAUUCUCAUUUCCACCUUCAAAGUUGUCUACGUUGGCUGGAUGCUGCUAUAUCUCGUGGCGCUUCCCAUUUGUGAGUGACAGUGGUAUCGUACUACUCGGGCCAUGGGACAGUUUCUCCUGGUUGUUGAUACUAAUCAAAUCGGGGUUUGCAGGGAACCUUGUCCUUCCCGUCUACGCCUUUUCCAAGUUCGACGACUUUUCUUGGGGCGAGACGCGCAAGGUCAUCGGGGAGAUCAAGGGUGACGAUGGGCAUGGCGUUGGUGGCGUGGCCGCCAAAGUUCCCAUGCGUCGCUGGGAGGACUGGGAGAAGACGCGUUUGCGCAAGAAGAAGCGCGACGAGCGAAGGCGACGCGAGUUCGAGCGCCAAUUCGACUCCCGACUCACGCAUGGGAGCUCCAACAGUCUUUACGACGACAGCAACGCCCCCUCGGAGACCGCCUCUUCGUACGGCGGCGACGAGGAUCGAUGGGGAAUGGACAUUGGGGGCUACCUCGAAGACGGUCCGACAGCUUUGCCUCCGCCCGUUGGCCUGUUCAGCAUCGACGCCGAAUCCGAGGAAGGCGAAACGUCGACGCUGGAUGCGCGCGAGCUCGAACUCGUGCUCGACCAGGGAUGGGGCGACGAGGAGGCACAGAGAGGAUACGCGUCCUCACAGUCCCACGGGUACGCCAGUCCGCCCGUGAGUGGCGGCGGUCGGAGAGGCAGUCCCCCGGCACCGCCAAGGCUGUACUCUCUUUCGGAUGGUCCCUCGUCUGGACAAGCCUGGACGAACUCUUCGUUCGAGCCGCUCAAGUCCGCAAGUCCGACCUCGAUUCACGGCCCUCUCGACGAUGGAAACUACGUGUCGUACGGCACGGCCCAUGCUCCUACGCUCUACUCGGAUCCGGAUCCGAGCAAAGGCAACACCGCGCUGAGCUCGAGUGUGGACCGAUCCACCGGCCAUGCAAAACGACGAAGUCUCGGGUCGUCGUCCCAGCCCGCGAGUCCGGAAGCAACCCGACAAGAUGCAAGUGACACGAGCCCGCCACAUCACGGCUACGGUCGAAGGAUCGCGUAG